AGUCAUCGAGUGGCGCGCUCCCGAAUUCCCCGCCCCGCUCAUCUCGCCUCGCAGGCCCGCCCGCCAUGAGCGCCUCCUCCUCCGGUGGCCGCGGCGCGCCGCCGCCGGCCACCGCCGCCUCGCCCGGCCAGAAGCGGCCGAGGGGAGACGACCCCGCGUCGCCUUCCAACCGCUCCGAAUCCGCCCCCGCCAAAAACCCUCGCCGCGCCUUCUCCUCCUCCCCCUUCGCCGACUUCGGGAGCUACAUGGCCGCGAAGAACAGCAAGCUCGCCGCGCAGUUCGAGGCUGACGCCUCCACGUCCGCCGCGGAGGUUACCGGCGGCGUCUUCGCUGGCGUCUCCAUCUUCGUAGACGGCUUCACCGUGCCCUCUAGCCAGGAGCUGAAGGAGAUUAUGCUGAAUAAUGGUGGGCGGUUUGUCAACUACUUCUCGAGGAAUACGGUGACGCACAUCAUCUGCACCCAUCUGCCAAAUAGCAAAAUGAGUAAUCUGAGAGCAUUCAGUAAGGGACUUCCAGUGGUCAAGCCAGCCUGGGUGGUGGAUUCCCUUGCAGAGAACAGACUCCUCAGCUGCGUCCCGUAUCAAAUAAGUCAGCAUAAUUCUUCAAGCCGAAAGCAGACGAAGCUUUCUUCUUUCUUUUCUGGGAGACAUUAUCAGGGGGAACUAAAUGAUCAAAGCAAUUCCCAUGAGCUACAAUCUUCUUCUGUUCAGGAGGGAUCACAAGACCAUAACAGUGGUUGUGAAAAGGAAGGGUCACUAUUGAAGGAGGAGGCAUCAAAGGACUCACUAUCCUCUGAUGAUCAUAAAGCUUCAAUGUUUGAAGAACAAGAUAGUGAAGACUUUGUUGAUGAGGCUGGUAAUGCUUAUGAAACAGCAUGUUCAGAGAGGAGGGAUAAUGACAUGGAUGGUAAACUUCAUGUUGCUGAGUCCCCAGAUAUUAGGUCAAGGUGUUCAAAUUUGUGCAGUACAAGCUCUACGGGCAGUCAUUUGUCAUUGGAUUCGUUGGAUAGAAAUGCAACUAAAUCUUCUAGUCGGACACAUUCAACCCUCACAGAUCCAAAUUUUGUAGAGAACUAUUUCAAGUAUUCUCGACUGCAUUUCAUUGGGACCUGGAGAAAUCGAUACCGCAAGCGCUUCUCAAAUUUACUAGGUGAUAAAAGCAGUAAGGGGAACCGUGAUCAUUCAGGGAAGAAUAACACGAUCAUUCAUAUUGAUAUGGACUGCUUUUUUGUAUCAGUUGUCAUCAGAAAUAAGCCAGAGCUGCAUGACAAACCAGUAGCAGUUUGUCAUUCUGACAAUCCUAAGGGAACUGCGGAAAUAUCAUCUGCAAACUAUCCUGCACGAAAUUAUGGGAUAAAGGCUGGCAUGUUUGUUAGAGAAGCCAAGGCUCGGUGCCCCCACCUAAUGAUUGUUCCGUAUGACUUCGAUGCAUAUGGGGAGGUUGCUGACCAGUUCUAUGGUAUUUUGCAUAAAUAUUGCAGUAAGGUUCAGGCUUUGAGUUGUGAUGAAGCUUUCCUGGAUAUGACCGAAUGCUUACAUGAUAAUCCAGAGGAAGUAACACAGAAAAUAAGGAAUGAGAUUUUUGGUACAACAAAGUGCUCUGCUAGUGCAGGUAUUUCUGGAAACAUGCUCAUAGCUCGUUUAGCUACCAGAUCUGCAAAGCCAAAUGGACAGUGUUUUAUUUCCUCUGAGAAGGUUGAUGGAUAUUUAAAUACUCUUUCUAUCAAAGCACUCCCAGGCAUUGGUCAUACUGUUUCAGAUAAACUAAAGAGCAAAGAAGUGGAAUACUGCGGCCAGCUUCGCAACAUUCCAAAGGAAUCUCUCCAUAAGGAUUUUGGUAAAAAAAUUGGUGACAUGUUAUGGAACUAUUGCAGAGGAAUUGAUCAUUCAGUUGUUGAAGCUGUUCAGGAAACAAAAUCUGUCGGUGCUGAAGUCAAUUGGGGAGUCAGAUUUAAUGAUAACAAAGAUGCUGAGAAUUUUCUUGUCAACCUCAGCAAGGAGGUUUGUCUACGCUUGGAAGGUUGUGGAGUGCAGGGUCGUACUAUUACCCUUAAGUUGAAAACAAGAAGGAAAGGUGCUGGAGAGCCAAUCAAGUUUAUGGGAUGUGGUGACUGUGAAACUGUUAGUCGAUCUAUGACGAUUGCAGGUGCAACUGACAAUCCAGUCACCCUUCAGAGAAUCGCAAAACAGUUAUUCUCAUCAUUCUGUGUUGAUGUGAAGGAAGUUCGGGGAGUAGGACUAAAAAUUUCAAGGCUUGAGCAUGCAGAUUUGGCUCGGGGAGCACCACAAGGGAAUAUGCUUGAAUCUUGGCUUGCUUCACCAUCUGACAAGCUCAAGAAACACAGCACCGAGAAAGCUUGCUUGCUCAAAAAUCGUGAUGAUGCAGCAACUAGCGAGCGGAGAGGUUUUGGAAGUAUCAGACCAUCAGGUAUAGGAGGGACUUCUCGUUCAUCAGAAGUGAACCCUCCAAGUGACAGGUCCACUCGAGUUGGUGUUGAGCUGCCACCAUUGUCCGAACUUGAUUUGGAGGUCCUAAAGAACCUUCCUCCAGAGAUAAUAUAUGAGAUGAAUGACAUGUACAAGGGAGAAUUGCAUGGUUUUCUGGGGAUAACCAGUGGUGACAAAGCCAAGGAAAGCAAUACAAAAUCUCUUGUUUUUCCAGCAGUUGAUCAGAAUCUUGUGCCUGUUCUUGACACGAAGCUGCAUGGAGAUGGAAAGCACAAAGACUCCAUACAUUUUAAAAAGGAGGCAGAUAUUAAGGGGCCUUCAGGUGAACAACUCUCUGAAUUAAAACAAGCCAAUGCUCCACGUUCAAUAGCCAGUGAAUUGGUUGAUAUACCAACUAAAAGUGUCAUACAGCAUGAUUUCAUGCCAAAUUCUUUAAGCCAGGCAGACGUCACAGUUCUUCAGGAAUUACCUGAGGAUGUGAAGGCUGAUUUGUUUAAUGCGCUUCCAUUGCACAGAUCAGGAGAUCCUACAUGCAGCACUUCACAUGUUUCUGAAAACAAAUUUCCCCAGGAUGGAAGAAGCGAUGAUCCAAAACAACAUCCACAGAUUUGUCACCUGCCAGGGAAUUCCCAAAAAUGGAUUGAAGAGUUCAGAGUUAGCCAUUGCCUGAUACUGAAUGUUAUUGCAGAGCAACACACAGACUCCAUCUCCAGUCGACCUUUAUCUUCUGUUUUAGAACCUGUAAUUUCCUACCUUCCCCUGUGCCCUAACUCAGGCACUGAAGAAUGGAACGAAGCAUUUGCAAGCCUUUCUGAACUUCUGACACAAUAUAUACACCAAAAGGUUGAAUCUGAUAUUGAAGAGCUCCACAAAUGUUUCCGGCUUUUAAAAAGAUUGUCAUCAGGAUCAGAGCUUUUCCUGGAAUUGCACGAUAGCAUUCUUCCUCUCUUACAGGAUUCUGUCAGGCAGCAUUAUGGUGGGAUACUACAUUUAUAGUUUAUUGUUCAAGUACAAUUAGCCAUUUUGCCGUCGAAAGGGCCAAGAGAACCUGUUGAGAUCUUUGCUCCGAUUUACCUCAACGGUGAGUCGACGCGAUCUUGCGAUGGUUUGAUUGAAUCCACAAAUUCUUACUGGGGAUGGCUGACAGGCUAACCAUCAUGGACUGUUCUCCUGAUCGUGUUGUCGCUAAUUCCACUUGGAUAUGGACCGAGCCGGUUUUUUUGUUGCUGCAAACCUACAAAGUUGUCCUUUAUACCUGUAAAUAUAACUAGUAUUAUUACUAGCACUACUACAUUGACGGCUCUAUGCAGGCUGCAACUUGCAAAGAAAUUUGUUCUUGAAGUAUCCUUGUGUUUGUGGAACACAAGAUGGGGAAUUGGGGAUGAGUUUGGCAA